GGUGAAGUUAAGUUUACGAUGUCUGGGCGAGGUAAACAAGGCGGCAAGGCUCGUGCCAAAGCCAAGACACGCUCCUCGCGAGCCGGGCUCCAGUUCCCCGUGGGCCGUGUUCACCGGCUGCUCCGAAAGGGCAACUAUGCGGAACGGGUCGGAGCCGGGGCCCCGGUGUACCUAGCGGCGGUGCUGGAGUACCUGACGGCCGAGAUCCUAGAGCUGGCGGGCAACGCGGCCCGAGACAACAAGAAGACCCGCAUCAUCCCGCGCCACCUACAGCUGGCCAUCCGCAACGACGAGGAGCUCAACAAGCUGCUGGGCAAAGUCACCAUCGCUCAGGGCGGCGUUCUGCCCAACAUCCAGGCGGUGCUGCUGCCCAAGAAGACCGAGAGCCACCACAAGGCCAAGGGCAAGUAAGCUGCCUGAAUUAUAGCAAGUCCGAGGAAUCCAAACCAAAGGCUCUUUUCAGG